CAUACACUCGUCACAAUGGAGGAAUCACACCUCCGUCAGAGCAUCUCCCAUCACCCUUCCCCCUUCAGCUCCCCUCACCAACCUCACUCUCAUAUCCCCCGAGAGCGCUCUUUCAAUGAAGCGACCACCACUGCUCUAGAACCGCAAGCGCCUCAAUACCGCACCAGCAGCGCCAGCGAUGAAGAAGGUCAACCACCACCACGCUACACACAGGAGAACGACCCCUUCCAAUUAGCAUCCAAGCUCAAGACCGACGAGGAAAUACGACAAAUCCACCCGCAAGCCAACACAGCCCGUAAACGCGACAGCUGCACUCCUACUGGCCUCCUCCACGCAACCAAGAACCCUAAGAAGGCAUUAACCGGCGCCGUCACUGCCAGACAGCUCCAAGGCUUCUACCAUUCGCAAAAUGAGAAUAUCGAACGCAUGCUUAAACCCGUCGAAGAGCACGUCCGCCACGCCCGCGAAAUCAACACCAACAAUCAGCUCAAAUACAAGAUCGCCGUCUACGGCUCCUUCGCCGCGAAUAUCGUCCUCUCUAUUCUCCAGCUCUACGGUGCCAUCGCUUCUAGCUCCCUCUCCCUCUUCACCACCAUGGCCGAUGCCGUCUUCGACCCCAUGUCCAACCUCACCCUGCUCCUCUGCAACAAGGCCGUCAACCGCGUCGACCCUCGCAAGUUUCCCGCCGGCAAGGCCCGCAUCGAAACCGCCGGAAACAUUUGCUUUUGCUUCCUCAUGACGGCCGUCUCGUUCAUCCUGAUCGCCUUCUCCAUCCGCGAACUUGCUGAGGGCUCUGAGUCGGAGACCGGCGCGUUCCAUCUCCCCUCUGUUGUCGCCGUCGUGGUCGCUUUCUGCACCAAGUUCGCCCUCUUUGUCUACUGCUUUGCGCUGCGCAAUCAAGUUUCCCAGAUCCGCAUCCUGUGGGAAGAUCAUCGCAAUGAUCUCUUAAUUAACGGGUUCGGUAUUCUGACGUCCGUGGGUGGAAGUAAACUCCGGUGGUGGAUUGAUCCUAUGGGCGCUAUCAUUCUCUCCGCCUUGAUCAGUUGUCUGUGGCUUCAUACGGCUUACCAUGAGUUUCAGCUCUUGAUUGGUGUGACGGCUGAUACGAAGAUGCAGCAGUUGAUUACUUAUAUCUCAAUGACCCAUUCUCCCUUCAUUACCGCCAUCGAUACCGUCCGCGCGUACACCUCUGGACCCCGUUUGCUCGUUGAGGUCGAUAUUGUUAUGGAUCCUAAUGACACCCUUCGCGCGACUCAUGACGUGGCGGAGGAGUUGCAGAUGAAGCUUGAGUCCCUGCCUGACGUGGAGAGGGCGUACGUGCAUGUUGAUUAUGAGACGACGCAUAAACCGGAGCAUUUCCUCAAGAAGGAAUUGUAGGGUUUAUUCUUGUGGACUAUCGAGUACAAAUUGCUCUUUGUAUGUAUGUAGGGUGGCUAUUGUCCAUUGGUCGGUUUAUGGUGUAUAUACGAGGUGGAAAAUUUGUGCUUUACGAAUGCAUGUACUCCCAGUAAUCGACUGAUAUAUUGUCUUGCUACGAUGUAAUUUAUACAAGUAUUAUUAUGUUACUAAUGGAUAAUAACAUAUAAUAGUAAGGUUAUUCAAGUUCUGUUUCAGAACCCUGGGCGGCUCAUGUGUUAUGAUUAUGGCUAGACCUAAUUCGGGAGGUACAACAACUAGGUGGGUGCCCUAAUGACUGCUGC